AUGCCUUUAACAUUCUUUGAGACCUCUUCUUUUGACGACACCGACAAUACGCACGACUAUUGGCAAGAGACAAGCAAUGCCAAUUUUAGUUACGUUUUUCUAUCUGAGUUGAAAAGUAUCCAACAGAAAUGCCUCUACAACACGUUGGUUCUCAUUACAAAUCGACUAUUCAACUAUAAAGAAGGAUUAUUAAAAGAUUUUCCCAAUCUUCCCGAUGAGUAUUGCACCACUUUUUCGGUGGUUCUUUUGGGAAGGCCAGAUAUAUCAUUCAAAAGCUUUGAGAGCCGGUACGGGAAGUUCACCACUAAUCUUCUUCAAAUCAACAACAUUUCUUGUCUCACCGAGAUCACACGUUGUAUUCCCCCAUGUGGAGACGUGCCAGUGAGACAAUGUGAUACCACGAUCACAUGCUCGUACCCCCAGCCAACCACCACACCCCCAUUGCCAAUAACUACAUCGACAGCCGUCAGCCCGUGUAGCAUGUGCGAGUUUGUCGUGAAUCAGGGAAAGUUUCACUUCCAUCAAAAUGAGAGCAAACGGCUAGUGGAGAUGGAGCUCUUGAGGGAUUGCGAAUCUUUGCGCAAUUUAUAUGGGCCACAAGCGGUGAUGGACUGUGAUGGUUGGAUACGGGGAAAUAUUGACAUCGUCUACAAGGAUCUGCAAAAUGGGAAAUCAGCCUACCAAAUCUGCGUCGAUAUGGGCGAGUGCAGC